AAAGUCUAAGCUAAAUUAAUGGAAAGCAAACACGCUCUCUUCAAACCACUCAUCAAUGCUUUGACAUAAUUAGCCUCAAAGGUUGAUAACAAGAGCAUCAUCAAAAUCUUAGAACUCUUGGCUUAAAUCAGAUAAUAAUUGGUUGCCAGCAGAGCAUCACUCCUUGCAACAGAAGAGAAAUAAGCUGCCAACUGGGAAGUCUAAAGUGGUCACUUGACAGAGGAACACAAGAGAUUAGCUGAGAGAAAGGCAUUCUUAGAAAACUCAAUUGUUCAAUUCAAAGUCACCAUCUAAGAAGCUGUUGAAGACUUGGAAGAUUAAACUUUAUUCCUUGAAGAUGCUGAAGACUCAUUGGCUAUCUAAGAAAGAUGGGCUGCCGAAUAAGAAUCAUAAUAUGAAGCUUAAACCUUUGAAAGAGAAUAAUAAUUGGAAGUCGUUGAAAGAUUAUAAGAAGUUCUUACUCAAAAGGUGAGUGCUGCCUCAGAAUUCCUUUAAGUUAGAGAAGAGGUCUUUUGAUUAAUGAAUUAUCAGCAAUAUUAAUAUCAAUACAAUUUCUACAUUUUAAUUGUAAAA